AUGCAUAAAACAAAUGCGAAAGAUUUAAACGGGAAUACAAGUUCUGGUGAUCUUAAAUUUCGAGACAUAAUUUACGACUUAGAAACUAUUACGACAGAGUUUCGUUUAUGUGCAGCGUGCGGAGAACCAAUCGGUGAUAAAUUUUUAUUGGAAGUGUCAGGAAGAAGUUGGCACACCAGAUGUCUGAGGUGCUGCGUAUGUCAAUUACAAUUAGAUCGUCAACCGUCGUGCUUUAUACGAGACAGAGCAGUCUACUGCAAAGCGGAUUACGCUAAAAGUUUUGGAGCCAAAUGUUCGGUAUGUUCCCGUGGAAUUUCAUCAAGCGACUGGGUCCGCAAGGCGAGAGAACACGUCUAUCACUUGGCCUGUUUCGCCUGCGCCGCCUGUCAUCGUCAAUUAUCAACGGGCGAGGAGUUCGCCCUGCACGAAGACCGAGUACUAUGCAAGGCACACUAUCUGGAGACGUUAGACGGCGGCACGACCUCUUCCGAUGACGGUUGCGAUGCGGAGGGUUUCCAUAAAAAUAAGGCGAAAAGGGUCAGAACGACCUUUACGGAGGAGCAGUUGCAGGUGCUUCAGGCAAAUUUUCAAUUAGAUUCCAAUCCGGACGGGCAAGAUUUGGAGAGGAUCGCACAAAUUACGGGAUUAAGUAAAAGAGUUACGCAGGUGUGGUUUCAGAACUCGAGGGCGAGGCAGAAGAAGCACAUGCAUAACGGAAAGGUGAAAAAUCAACUACACAAUUCAAAUAGUGAGAACAGCAAUUUUGCACGACACAUAAAUUUACAUCUAACGUAUUCAUUUCAACAACAUCAAAACAACGUCAAAUCGACGCCUCCGCCAUUAUUCACACCGCAAGAAUCGCUCGACGAGUUAUCACAGGAGUCGACAAUGCACUGUAUGCAGGAAGAAGUUUAAGAGUCAGUUAUUGAUAUUCAGAAUUUUUGAUGUAUUGGUCGCGCGCCGAUAUGUUACGUGAUUAUUAAAAUGUACUAUCUAUUUACUGUUUGUUACUCGGUUGUACUUAUUUAUUGAUUACUCGUAGGAAAUGUAAGAAUAAGAGAAAUA